UGUUGGUUCUAAUAUUGAUGAUUCAUUCUCACCUUUUAAUUCAGAAAUAAGUUCCUAUUCCCAAACAGGAAGCCACGAGUCCUUCUCAGCCUUUGGGGGUGACCAGGAAAUGGAUCCAACCCCUGAAGCCCUUCCUGACCCUGUGCCCCCCACGGGCCAGAAAAAUGAGCUCAUAGAUUUCUCCAAGGAUGAUGAUCAAACUACAGAUUUAGGAUGUGUUGGCACAAAUCCUUUCAGUGACUCGGCACCAGGGGAAAUGCACACUUCUGACCCAUACCGUGAGUUUCAGUCUAAUGAUGUGAACACCAAGAACACUGAACAAAUUGCUCAGUCUGCCCUUAAGUACGAUGCUCCCGAGUUUUUUCCAGAACAACGCAGCACUACUGACUGUUCACCACUGAGGCAUGAUGCUCCUGAAUUUUUAUCGCGCAAUUCUCAGCAGGCAGACAUGUUUGAUCAGAAUCCUCAUUCAGGAGGUUUAGAGAGUAGCGAUUCACCUCAGCUUCCUCAAAGUAACACUUGCACACCAAAGGAACAGGCACAUGAUGUGAUGGGCACUCAAUGUAAAGAAAAUGUGCCUGUGUUGAUGGAGGAUUGGAAUGUUCCUACCACCAAAACAGAACAAGGGGAUGGUGAUGUUGAUGAUUAUGAGGAUGAGGAGGAUUACUCGGAAAGUGAAUCUAAUUCACAAGUUGAGAAUGAUGAGAUUAUUGAAGAUGACUACACAGACUCGGAGGAGGAUACUGAAAACAUUCAGGACGAUGUUAUGUCAGGGACUGGUGAGGGUACAGAACUUGCUGAUGUACAUCCUGAGUUUGAUCAGAGUGCUAUAAAACAUGCAUUUAAUGAAAAUGAAUUACAAUUUCAGCAGCAGGGUGGGGGACUUAUGCCAAGCAUGGAUGCUGAACCACUAUUGGUUGAAGGCGGCACGGAACAAGAACUAGGCGAUCAGACAGAGGAGAUAGGUAGCAGACAGAUGGAUAUUGGACAAGAGUCUAUGGAACACCAACAGGUUGCUUCUGGAGAUCUCUCCAGGGAUACCAUCAGUAAGAGUGACACUUUCACCAUUGAGAGUGACUCUGACAUGGAGAAGAGAUCCAUCACGCCACCAGUAGAAGAGAACAAGGGGACAGGCAUAGUAGUCUCAGACCAACACAUAUCUGGUUUCCAGGACAACCAGUCAAACCAAGAAAUUGGUGGAGCAUCAACACCAUUUGGUGAAAAUGAAAUGGAACAGACAAUGAGCCAAAAGGAAAAAGAAAACAUUUUUGCAUCAGACAUGGAAUCGGGUCCUGCAGGAUUUUGUGGAGAUGAUAAUGAUAUGUUUACCAAACAACCAACUGUUCAGCUGGAACCAGAAAACAAACAGCAAGCAGUAUUGCAGGAUGAACAAAUGUCCCCUCUAAAACAAGAUUUUUAUGGUGAAACACAGCCAAGCCAAGUUCACUGGGAUGAACCUAUGAUUCCUCAGCAGGACGCCUCCCCACUAGAACUUUCUCCAGCAAGACAACAAACAGGCUAUAGUGAUGAUGUAGCAUCUCCUAGAGAUGUGUUGUUGGAGGAAACAUCAAAACAGGGAUUACAGAUGGAUGAAUCUGGUGUUGAUCAAGCUGAGGCUGAACCAAACAGACAACAACCACAAGAUCUGGUUCCAAAUCCAGUGUUUACACAACAGAAUCAAGAAUAUGAUGAUGAAGGUGAAGAUGAAGGCACAUACCCAGAUGAUCAGAACUCAGAAGACGAAGAAGAAUUUAUCAACGAUGAGGAAGAAGAAGAAAUGGAAUUUUCAUCUGAGGAAAGAUUUACUCAUCCACAACAACAAAAGCUGACUUCAGAGGAGAGGUCUGUUUCACCACAAGAGGAAAGAAUGUCUGUCGAAAAAGAGUUGGUUUCUCCGCAAAACAGGUUAGCAUCAGAGGAGAGGUCUGUGUCUUCUACAGAACAGGAUUUAAAUGAAUUCAAACAGAGCCAGGUUUCAACUGAAAGGUCAGUCUCACCUGAAAUAAAAAACAGUUUUGCAUCAGAAGAGAGAUCAGUCCCCCAUCCUGAAGAUCAAUGUUUAUAUACCCAGAAUCCUUUUGAAGAGCAAGGUGCAUAUGAAGAAAAACAGCCUACAUCCCAAUCCUUUGAAAAGGAAUCCUAUUCAUUUGAACAUGACAUGGAACCAGAAAAGAAAGACAAGCCUGUGAUUGAUGAAACAUUUGGGAUGGCUCCCACACCUUUUAAAGCUUUGGAACAAGAGAGUGUAUUGCCUCCAGGUCAGGCCUUCAGACUGGAAGGAACAGCUGGGGAUGCAAAGGAUGUUGGGAAGCCUAGUGAGGACAUUUUAACUGCUGGAGGUGUCAAUGACUUUGAUCAGAUAGAACAUGGACAAAAAGACGACUUUAUGACUGCUGAAGGUGUCAAUGACUUUGCUCAGAUAGAACAUGGACAAAAAGAGGACUUAAUGACUACUGGAGGUGUCAAUGACUUUGAUCAGAAUGUAGACCAUGGACAAAAAGAGAAUAUUUUAACUGCUGGAGGUGUCAAUGACUUUGAUCAGAAUGUAGAACAUGGACAAAAAGAGGACAUUUUAACUGCUGGAGGUGUCAAUGACUUUGAUCAGAAUGUAGAACAUGGACAAAAAGAGAAUAUUUUAACUGCUGGAGGUGUCAAUGACUUUGAUCAGAAUGUAGAACAUGGACAAAAAGAGGACUUUAUGACUGCUGAAGGUGUCAAUGACUUUGAUCAGAAUGUAGAACAUGGACAAAAAGAGGACAUUUUAACCGCUGGAGGUGUCAAUGACUUUGAACAGAUAGAACAUGGACAAAGAGACAAAAUUUUAAUUGCUGGAGGUGUCAAUGACUUUGAACAGAAUGUAGAACAUGGACAAAGAGAGGACAUUUUAACUGCUGGAGGUGUCAAUGACUUUGAUCAGAAUGUAGAACAUGGACAAAAAGAGGAUAUUUUAACUGCUGGAGGUGUCAAUGACUUUGAUCAGAAUGUAGAACAUGGACAAAAAGAGGAUAUUUUAACUGCUGGAAGUGUCAAUGACUUUGAUCAGAAUGUAGGCCAUGGACAAAGAGAGGACAUUUUAACUGCUGGAGGUGUCAAUGACUUUGAUCAGAAUGUAGAACAUGGACAAAAAGAGGAUAUUUUAACUGCUGGAGGUGUCAAUGACUUUGAUCAGAAUGUAGAACAUGGACAAAAAGAGGAUAUUUUAACUGCUGGAAGUGUCAAUGACUUUGAUCAGAAUGUAGGCCAUGGACAAAAAGAGGAUAUUUUAACUGGUGGAAGUGUCAAUGACUUUGAUCAGAAUGUAGAACAUGGACAAAAAGAGGACAUUUUAACUGCUGGAGGUGUCAAUGACUUUGAUCAGAAUGUAGAACAUGGACAAAGAGACGCCAUUUUGACUGCUGGAGGUGGCAGCUAUUCUGAUGAAAAUUUAUCUGAACAGUUUGAUGAUGAGGAUGUGGCAGUUCAACAAAAUGUCAAAGAUGACAACCAUCAGCCUGUUUCCAUGGAAACCGUCUCAAAAGAGAGUAAUGAGGAACGAAAAGAGAUAUUGGAACCUGGAAUUGAUAUAAAGGAAACUGGUAUGACAGAAUCAUUUAUCAUGGACUCACAGGAAACUGGUAUGACAAAAUCAGUUAUCAUGGACUCACAGGAAAUUGAUGACCAGCCACCAUCAGAAGUCUCCAGUCAGAUGGUGGAGGAUGAUGGGGACAUGGGAAAACUUGUGAAUGAGAGCAUGGAAGGUCCAGCUGCUGAAAUAUCUGAGAUAGCUACAUCCCCUAAUGAGUGUUCCAUGGUGCUAAAGGAGACUGUGAUGGAUAAUGAUGCAUCUUCUCUGUCUCAGCCUGUCUCCACUAAAUCAGCAUUAGAGGAGUAUAUCAGGGACCCUAUGGAGGAUGUAGAAAACAGACAAGAACAGUCACUUGAGGCUGCUGAGGUUGAACAGCCAAUGGUUACUGAAGAUGUUAGGGAAGUGGAGGUGACAGGUAAGGAUGAGGUUGUCGCCCCAACUCCAGUGUCUGAGCUUCCAGAACCACCUGCUAAUCAGCAAGCAGUGGAACAAAAGUUGCCAGAAUCUGUCCCAGAGCCUUUGAUAUCUGAAAAGGUUGCUGAAGAGAAAAAAGAACCUCUUGAAAUUGCUGGCAAGGACAAAGGAACUCCUGUUGAAAAAGAGGCAAAGAAAAUUGCUGAACCUGCUGAGAAGAAAAUACAACUUUCAGAGAAAUCCGAAAGAAAGGAUGCAAAGCCAAAGAAACAAGAAAAACCCAUUACAAAAACACCACAGAAACCGCUGAGAAAACCAAAAGAAAAAACACCACCUAAACAUGAAACGUCUAAAAUCCCUUCCCCUACAAAAACCGAGAAUAGGACCACCAAACCCACCACACGGACUGCCAGGCCAUCAAAGGCAGCCUCUCCGCGUACACUCGACGUAAAACCGAGCACUGACAAACCACCAUUUGACACAAGAUCCCCACGAGCAGUGUCUGUGUCAUCGCAGAGAAUACCACCUCUGUCGCAGACACCAACCACACCAAGUCCCACCAAAGUCCCCUCCAAGAAGCUUUCCACUAAGACCCAGAGUAAAGAGGCCACCGAGUCAUUUCUGGAGCGCAUGUCGAGGCCUCGAUGUCGAACUCCAAAGAAAGAUGGCACAUCAGACAGUGGCUUCGAGGAGAACAAGACCCCUAGAGCGGCCUCGGCUACUUCUCCGAGGAAGAAAUAUGGAAUUGAUGCCAAAAACGAUAGUUACAAACCGGGUGGAGGCAAUGUGAAGAUCACGGAUCAGAAGGUUACCGUCAGACAUGUGGGGUCCAAGAUAGAUGCCCGCUCCAAAACUCCAACAUCCACACAAAGAGACUCCACUCCUAGAACACCUAAAGGACCAACUCCAGACACCAAGAAUGUCCAGUCUAAAAUUGGUUCACUGAAAAACGCUACCCACACCCCGGGAGGAGGAAAUGUAAAAAUAGCCAAUCAGAAAAAGGACUACUCAGCGGUGCAAGGCAAGAUAGGGUCAAAGGUUAACCUUGACCAUCGGCCAAAAGGCGGAGACAAAAAGAUUUUGUCCAAGAAACUUGAGUGGAAAGCUGAGUCCAGGGUUGGCUCCCUUGACAAUGCCAAACAUGCACCAGGUGGCGGUAAAGUCAAAAUAACAAAUGAAAAGGUUGCCUGGAAAACAGAGUCGAGAGUCGGGUCAUUGGAUAACGUGAAGCAUGAAGCUGGAGGCGGCAAUGUUAAAAUUGAAACUGCCAAGCUAGACUUUAAGGAGAAGGCUGCAUCGAAGGUCGGAUCCAAGGACAAUAUGGAUCAUAAAGCUGGCGGGGGAGACAAAAAGAUUGAAACGAAGAAGUUAGAUUUUAAAGAGAAGGCUGCAUCCAAAAUUGGUUCCAAAGAUAAUGCUACUCAUAAACCUGGAGGAGGAGAAAAAAAGGUUCUCCAAGACUGAGAUCUAAGCGAACAACACCUGGUACGUCACAUUCAUCUGAGAAGAUUGAGAACCACAAACUGACAUUUAAAGAAUCUGCUAGACCCCGAACAGACACUGGCGGUGGGCCUGUGACCUCUCCUCCUCAAUCUAAGUCUCCUUCCCUUAAAUCACCUCGCCCAGACAGUGGUAUCUCUCAUGAUAGUCUCCCCGAAGAGCAGGAAUCGUGAUAGUCUCCUAGAAAAACAGGAGUCGUGAUAGCCUCUCGGAAGUGAAGGAAUGGACAGAUGAUCUGACAACACCUUUAAUCUACAGCUGAGCGACAGCACAGAGACUACAUAUAAACACAGAGAACCUGCUAAGCGGAUCAUAGUAAAUCACUUUCACAGGAGCCGCUACUAUAUUCAAAGACUAGUUAAAAGAAUAUUUUCGAUUUUCUGUAAACAUGUCAUUUAAAAAAAAAAAAAAAAAAAAAAUGAAAAUCCAAUAUAACAUAUUAUAACAUUUUAACUUAUGAAAAUCAUACAUUCAAAAAAACUCUUAUUAUCAUUUUUUAAUUUAUAUUUACCAGGAAUCUGUUUUGCAUAGAAUUCUAAUUUUAUUGUAUUGUUUGGUGAUCACCAUGUCUGUGGUCAACGAUAACUAUUACAUCUAGUUAAUGAAAUGUUCAAAUUUCUGAUUCAGCCCUCUAAAAAACUGGAAAUUUAUGCAAAGCAGAAACCUGAUGAAGAAACAAUUUUUUGUAUGUUUUUUUUUUUUUUUAAUCAUCAGAAAAAUUUUAAAGAACUUAUCCAUAUGUACUAAUAUUUCAAAUAGUCUAGUCUACAGAGGAAAACAUUAUGUCUGCUUGUUGGUUGCAUGAAUCGAGACUUGGCCAUGUUUUUUAAUGGUGAGCUGACCCCAAAGGUUAUAGGCACAUGCAAUACCAAACGGGAGAACAACUUUCGACAAUGUACUUCAGUGUCAUGCAACCAGUAGGUUGACAAAUGCAUAUUAUUUAACUAUCCAGCCUCCGGGCUUCAUUACAGAGAAUCCCUCUCAUUCAAGCUGAAACUUGGAUGAGUGGGAGAUCAUCAAUUAUAAGAAUAAAAAAAACACUGUUAGAAUUAUAUCAAACUACGUAUAUUUCAUUUUUCAUGUUGGCACAUGAUAAUUAGUUAAUGUUGUACUACAAGCAAUUGUGACUCCCCCUCUGAUAUUAGGUAACCUGAUAAUCGAGGUAGAGAAAUUAUUUUAAUGUAUGGCAAUUUCAGAAAGUAUCUUAUCACAUAACCUCCCUGUUAUCAGUGUAAUAACACCCAUUUCAUAAAUUUUGUUACGAACACACGUGUAACGACACUUAGAUUGGUUAUAUAGGUCCCAUUGGUUCAAUUAUGACGUCACAACUUCUUGGCACAGCAUGCAUUGUGACGUCGGCACAGAGAGAGGAUUGGAGUGAGGAUAUCACUAUAUCAGAUUCCAUUACAGUCAGAUUAAAUGAAGUUUUCAGAAAUGUUUGAAAAGUAUCUCGGUUGUGUCUAUUUCAUUUGAAAUUAAUGAAAUUAGUCAAGGAUUUUAUAUGUAUCCUCUCCAAAGGAUACAAUCAAAUGAAAUGUUUUACACAUGUUGGAUAGAUGUCAUAUGAAGUGGAAACUCAUUCAAGAUAUCCUCUAAAAUUGCCAACUUUCUGUAAUUACCAAGGGGGAGAGAGUUCAUUAUCAAGUCUUGGAACUAAAAACAACAACAUGCUUUGUUGCUCUUUCUCGUAGGCUCAUCAGGUUUUAGAAAUUAAUAAUUAGGAAGAAAUUUUGAUGAUAAUAUAUCAUAAAUUAUAUCUCUAAAAAGCUGGUCCCUUUAAUAUGUAUUGUAGGAAAUAUGUACAACGGAAAGUUGUGAUUUAUCAAUGAAUUUUUUAAUCAUCUAUUAUAUUUUUUCUAACGGUAAAAAAAUAGUAAUGAUUUUGAAAUGUUUUUACUUACAUUGAAUUAGUACCUAACGAUAUGGUUAUUUAAUUAAAGCAUUUAUUUCAUAGCAUUACCAUCUAGGUAAUAAUUUAACUGAUACAUCAAAAAUAUUUAUAAUACAACCACAUGUAACCUCAUAUUACAUACAUAUGUACUUUUAUACUGUAAGGAAUGUGUGCGAGAGGUGGGGUGGGAGGGACAGUCAAGGAAAGACAACUCUGCAUCACAUAUUGCAAUAUAUUAUAAUUUCCAAUAUCAUGAGAGCAGUUUCAUGUGGGAUGUCCCAUAAAACAAAACAUAAUUGGAUGGAAUACAGGAUCAGCAUUGUUUUAUGAAUAAAUAAUGACUUGCUAUAAUUUCACUUAGCAUGGAGUGUGCUAAAUUAGCAAAAUGUUACGGAGCUUGAAAUGCGAACAAUUUAUUUAUCAUUCUGCCAAUAUAUUAUACUUUAUUCACCAUACAUGGAAAAAAACUUUUUACAGAACAGAAACUGGUUUGUCCAAAGGAAUAAAAAGUAGAUUACCAUAUUCACCCUGUAAUAGGCCCAGGGGGCUAAAAAGGCAUCAACUUUGCCUCUGAGUAGGUGUGAGAUACUGCGUUACAAGGACAUAAGAUUUUAAAGAAUUUUUUCUUAGAGUAGUAUUCAUGGAUGAGUGAAUUACCAGGCAUGGGUUUUUAACAGGAUCAAUAUGGUACAUACCUCAAAUUGUCCCCAUGUUCACGGAGCAACUAAUGAUAAUCCUAGAUAUGGGUUGGCUUUGGUGUAGAAUGAUCAGGUAUCAUGCAACGAUUCCGGUCAAAGAAUUUCAGAAUUUGUCUGGAAGAAAGUGACCUCCUAUUCAAGUAAAGCUUUAGAAUUUUUUUGGAAGGUUAUUAUGGGUACUUUCUAGUACACAUACUUAACUUUGUGAGCAAGGGUGUGCAUGCCUCUGUUGUAAGCAAUGCUUUGUCCAAGAGUUGUCAAUCAAUUUUGUUCAUUAGUUUUCCACUUUAUAUACGUGUUAUCUCUUUUAUAAACAGACAUUUUGAACAGUUAUUUAGUUUAUUUCAUGUGUAAAAUUAACCUGCAAAAUUAAGUACAUGUACCCACUGAAACCAUGAGAUUUUAGUCCCACAAAAAUGUCUACAUUUUACAGUAUCUGUCCCUUAAUGCACACAUACACCUUGUAUUGCCAUACAGGAAUUGUCACUUAUUAAACAUCAUUUUUAUUCAAAUCAAUGUUAUCAUAUUUUACUCAACAGGAAGAUAUCCUGACUCUUAAAUUUAAGUUUUUGUCAUAUUUUAGUAGAUUUUUUUUAUCUUUUUUUAUUAGAAUUUAUUAAUUUUAAUUUAUUAAUAAAGAAUUUGAGCACAAUCUGCAUUAUUUGGUUAAUGAAAAUAGUGUGGGCAUUUCUAAUGUCGACAGAAAACAACUUCACAAAUAUCUCAUUGUCAUUACGCAUAAAACUGUUUAUCCCAACACCCACCUUUUGGAACAAAAUAAUCUAGUCGUCGCUUUAUAUGAUUGUAUGUUCAACCAGUCAAGAUGUUUGUCUAGGCAAUUACUUCUUAUAAAUGGAAAAUAACACUUGAAUUUGAUUAAUUCGCAUUUGGAAACAAAAUAUCAAACUUGGUUGGAAUAACUUACAUUAGACCACAGUUUGAUGGCAUAGGAUAUUAACCAAGACCUAUUCCCAGGUCUUCGAGGGACAGGGCAAAAAUUGGGUCAAAUCUGCUAAAAUGUCAACAACUUUUUUUCUUCAGUCCCAGAUUAUCACAAGCACUUCAUUGUUGGUAGACCGGAGUUGCUUUAUUUGCAUUACAUGUAUUACUAGUCAUCUUGCCUUGUUUACAUAAAGAUUUCCAAAUCGCGUCACAAAAAGAUACGAUUACAUCAGAAUUCAUAUGACCCUUAACGCAGGUGUUGGUUACUUUUGAGCAGGAUAUGCUAAUUUUCCGAGGUUUUAUUAUGAGAUUAAAAUGAAGAAUCAUGAAAUAGGACUUGUUAGGUGAUUUAGACUUGAGGUAUAUUCAGAAAUAACUAUCAAAUCAUGUAAUGCGAAAUUCUAAAUUAUUAUAAAAGAUUUAAUAUGCUACCGUAUUUAUCCUCGAAUUAGCCUCCUCCCCUGGUGUAAAGUUUAAGUACAUGUAUUAAAGUUCGGGGAGGGCUUACUUGUGAACUACUUUUAGCUUACUAUUUUAGAAUUGAUGAUUCUACAAAAAUAAAAAAAGUUAGCUUAUUUGUGAGUAGAGGUUUAUCUGCCGAUAGAUACGGUAUUAAAUUACUUCUGCCGGCAAAUAUCUAUUCCUUGAGGAAAUACUAUGCCAUUUUGUUCUUCCAAGAGGUGCUAGGUGAAAUGUUCAAUUCACAACCAAUAAAUCAUUCUUUUAUCUUUAGUAUAUUUUCUGUAUAUACAUAACUAGAUAUAGAAAAAGGUAACAUUGUUUUGAAAACAAACAUCCCCAAACUACAUUAAACAGAUUAAAAUCUCUAUUGUAUUGGUUUCGAUCUUGCGGUAGUGUUGGUUGUAUUCGGAGUGAAACAGAUUUUCCUAUAAAAGCUUAUAGCAUGAAAUUUUAAUCAGAAAAAAAAAGAAUAGCUAUUGUAGUUAAUUUUCGUAGUAAAUAUCAAUUCAUAAAUAUACCGAAGUGUCAUUAUAUUCAAAUGUGAAUAAGUGUUUCAGUAAAAUACAGAAAACAGAAAAAUCUUCUCUUCCCUAUAGCUUAUUAUCAAAUUUCUGAUUCAUUUAGAAAAAAACUGUAAUAAAUAGCUGAAUAUAAAACAGAAUUUUUUUUUCAAAUAUUAAUUCUAUAAAAGCAUUCUCGAUCAAGGAAACUUGGUUCAGGGACAAUAUAUAAGUGUUAAUGAUUAUUUAUCCAAUUAAAGACAACAGAAAUUCUCUCGAUACAUCGAUAAUUCUAAGGUUGUCUUAAAUUCAAAUUAUGGUUUAGUGAUUUUUUAGAUUAUAUUAUUUAAAUGAUUGUUUCAAGAAUUUUAAGAUUGUCUUUACUUCAAAUUAUGGUUUUGUGAAUUUUAAGAUUGUCUUGAAUUCAAAUCACGGUUUUGUAAAUGUUUAAGUUGUCUUAAAUUCAUGAAUUAUGGUUGUGUAACAAAGCUUUAUGGAGGGAAGCAUGGAUGUCUUUCACAUUCAACUUAUUAAUUGGUUAUUAUGAUUUUAAAAAGGAAAUGUCAAAUUAACUGCCACUGCAUAUAUAUAAGGUAUCUGUCAAGACUUAGUUUGAACUACGAAAUGCUAUGCAUGUGCUUUAGUAACCUAGACAACUAGACUUGUACACGAUGUACCUAGUCAUUAAUAUCACUGUUCAGCUUUAUAUGUGAAAUUUCUUCAGUGACACUCUGCUUUCUACAAUGAUUUUUUGAACUCACCCUGUGAGUCUAAGCUGUAGUGUAACGUCCGUCAUCAAUAAAUUACCAACGCUUUCCUUAAAAAUACAUCUUAUUGAGUAUUUGCAUAGAUUUGGGGAAAAUGUCAUCUUGAGUAUUAUUAGGACCAUGGGAAUCAGUGGGGUAUAUAUAGAGUAAGGUACAUAUCAGGGUGUUACCCUAGGGAGCAGAUAGAUGGGGUCUAAAGGACCAUUACAGGAAAUCAAUUGUUCUGAAGGAACUUCAUUCUUCUGAUGAACAGAUAAACAUAUAUUCAUUCAUUUGAUUAUGUCUGGGGUACCCUUAGACCAAGGGAAUAGAAUGUUAUAUGUUGAACUAUAAGGCUUUGGUCCUACUGGGGUCUAAAAGAUGGGGUCUUAUAUAUGACUGUAGGGUAAUUUUCGUUUUGAGAUAUUCUACAACUCUUUCGAAUCAGCUUUAUGGAGCAUCACCGUUUGUCAAAAUGAUGACAAUUUGUGUAUGUGAAGUUGGUGUAACCCCUGGAGCUGGAGUGGUAGGGUACAAUAGGAUUAGCCUCAUUGUUAGACUUAAUCCUGAGGUCAAAAUGUACAUUUUAGAUCCCCAUCUUAUAGUCAUAUCAAAUAUUGCUGGGUAUGAGUUGAGUAGCACAACCAUGCUUCAUUGAAUGACUCCAAAGUCCAUCAUCCCCCACUGUUAAAAUGUCUUUAUUACCCAAAGUCAUCAAAUUAAAACAGUUGAAAUCCACACCCUGUAUCUUUGAAAUACAAAUCUAUACAUGCCAUUGAUUUCAUUUGAGGUCCACCCCAGUCCAGAGAAGGUGUCCUAAAACAGCUGAGACCCCCAACCUGCAACCAUAAUGUACCUUUAUAUACUUAACCCAAUCAUAUUUACUUUUGCGGCUUUUUGGAUCAGUUGCUAAAACAUGAAUGUAGCUCUCGUAAGAGAGGGUAAAACUAAAAUGGAAAAAUUGGAUGUUCUGUUUUUAUAUCCUUUACUCCACUUAACCAAGAGAGUAUAUGUAAUUAAACUUUCACUAUGGUCUGUGGGACCUAGACAUUCAAUUUUUUAAUAACUAAAGGAAGAACACUGUAUCAUUUGGUUCAGAGAAGCAGAGCAAAAGCAAACUCAUGAUGUUGAUAAUGCCCAAAUAUCCAGGCGAGUGAUAAGGCCUUUUGGGCCUCUUUUUUUCGGAUUUUAAUUUGAGGGACCCCUGUGUAUUGCUAUUUUUAGAAAUCAAACAUGAUCAGAUGUCCUUACGAACUGAUCUGGACAGGUAUAUAAUGCUGGGAUAUGUUUUGUUUAAGUAGGUGCGAUGCUUUUUAACAUAUGACGUUGAUUAAAAGGAAUUUGUUGCUGUUAAGGUUGUCAAAGCUGAGAUGACCAGGGGUUCCUCACAAGUCGGCCCCUUCCUGUUGGUCAGCUGGUCAUAAGUACGGUAAGCUGUGACCUUUAGCAGCCUCUGUGAUUUGUUGUCAUGUCUGAUCUCUAAAUGAUCCGAUAUUUCUCUGACAUACCUUUAUCUAGCACUAAGUUAUCUGUAUGCUUUGAUAUAUAUGUAUGUCAAUUAAAAAUACC